AUGGAGUCUCGUACCUCCAAUUUGACUGCUGAGAUCUGCCGUCAUGGCGAUUAUUCUUUGAGAUGGGGAAGAGCUGCCAUCUACGAGAACGCCAAGCACGUUCCAUCACUGAAACCUACUCUGGUUAGUUCUAAUGAAUUUAUAAAAAAGGACCCAGAUAGAAUGUAAUAAACUUUUGCAAUUUAAAUUUUAAGGUUCAUCAUCCUCAACAUUUUGUGGUGGCCAAUGGCCAAAUCUGCGUGAAAUACCCGGAGGAUAAGUACUACAAGAUGUUCGAUGACCCAAGCCGGUAUUUCGAUCCUGACUUCCGUUUCCGUCGUAUUUAAAUUUGAUAUGCUUUUAUUGACUUUGUACUUGAGAAUAAACAAUGUAAACAGCUGUUUACCUAGUCUUGAUUUUGGCGUGGGAGUGUUCCGGGGAGAGAUCGGCCGGGUUUAUGGCGGAAAAAGAAAGAAAGCACAUGUCACGUCGUUCCUCCAGAAGCCAAGGAACGUGUGCUCUUGUUUUGGCCAUAGUAUGAGCGACAAUUAUCGAUUGUCGAGGGUCAAAUCGGCGGCUAUUGUCCGCUCUAACUCUCUCAGCUCGCGGCCAAAUGUUCUUGUAAGUGCCCGAGGGCUUCCCAUCUUCUCUCUUCCAGCUCACAAGAACCUGUUCGGUGCCCGAUUUGACUGAACAUAUCCGAGUCAGCGAUCGUUAUAAGCCUCAGUGGACGAUCACCAGCCAGUUCCCUUAUCGGCGUUAUCGAGAUUACAGUUUGGUAAGUUGGGAGGACGACAUAUCAAAGAACAUGAUGAUGAGUUACAUUUUAAAACUUUUAGUAUGACGACUACUGGUAUGACAGAUACCGCUACUUCAGUCCCCUCUACAACCGAUCCCUCUUCCCUAGGAGAUACGCCUACAGCGACCACAUCCCCAACCCCUAUUACUGGAGCUACCCCGACACCUACUGGACCCGUUACAAGAGCUACUUGUAAGCAUAAGUAUGACAUUGUAGGUUGCUUUCAGAUACGACUACCAGAACCCCUAUACGAACUACUAUCGGUCAGUGGUACCCUUCUUCGACCCGAUCUUCAGACAUUCGUACUACUCCCCAUAUCGCUCGCUGUUAUAUCGCUGA